AAUUUCUGAGCCGAUGUAAUAAAACAAUGUGCACCAAGAUCGGGCUUUUUCCUCUCUCCUCCGCCAUUGUUAAAGGAAUACGAGCUCGAGCCCUCUCCUCCUCUAAAACCUCUUCUCUUCCCUGUGAAAUUCUCUCGGCCUUUCCUUUCUGGAUCAGAUUCCACUCAAUUGUCCGCCAUUGCAGAGACGAGCGAUAAAACCCUAAUUUCUCAAAUCUGCUGGUCUAUGCCAUUUUCUUCAAGGAUUCGUUCAAGGUCCAUUGUUAUUCGUUAGCGUCACUGUUCUCCUGAAAAGUGAAUCUGAUAAUGGGGGAUCUAGUAGUUGACAAGCAUGUUCAAUACAUUCUCAGUGUAGAAAAGAAGAAGGAUAGUUUUGAGUCUUUGGUUAUGGAGCAUUUGAGAAUGAAUGGUGCAUACUGGGGUCUCACUGCAUUGGAUCUCAUGGGGAAGCUUGGAGCUGUUGAUCGAGAUAUGGUUGUUUCUUGGGUGUUGAAAUGCCAACACGAUUGUGGUGGAUUUGGUGGUAAUAUUGGACAUGAUCCACACAUUCUGUAUACGCUCAGUGCUGUGCAAGUCCUUGUUCUGUUUGAUAGGAUAGAUGUUCUUGACAUUGAUAAAGUGGCCGACUAUAUCGCCAGGCUGCAGAAUGAAGAUGGGUCUUUCUCAGGUGACAAGUGGGGGGAAAUUGAUACUCGGUUUUCGUACAAUGCAAUAUGCUGCAUUGCGUUAUUGCAUCGCCUAGAUAAAAUCAAUAUAGAAAAAGCUGUGAGUUUUAUAUUGAGAUGCAAAAAUCUUGAUGGUGGAUUUGGUUGCACACCUGGAGGAGAGUCUCAUGCUGGGCAAGUCUUUUGUUGUGUUGGUGCUCUUGCUAUAACGGGUUCCUUAAACCUUAUUGACAAGGACUUUCUGGGGUGGUGGUUGUGUGAGCGCCAAGUGAAGUCUGGUGGUCUAAAUGGACGACCUGAAAAGCUUCCUGAUGUGUGCUACUCUUGGUGGGUCCUUUCUAGCUUGAUUAUGAUUAAUAGAGUUCAGUGGAUAGACAGGGAUAAGCUUAAAACAUUCAUUCUAGAAUGUCAGGACAAGGAGAAUGGAGGUAUCUCAGACAGGCCAGACGAUGCUGUUGAUGUUUUUCAUACUUAUUUUGGUGUUGCAGGUGAGUCUCUGUGUGUGAGCAUUUCAUUGAAUCUCUCCCCCUCCCCCACCGCUCAUCUGGCGCUCCAAGUUCCUUGUGUUGGGUCACUCUUCAUUAUAACCUCGAAGUUACACAAUCACAUCUCGAUUUUUUACUGGGCAUGCUUUCUAUGCUUCCCCUACAACAUAAAACUUAUAUACUUCCUCUUAUAUGACCUCUCCGCCCUGUAG